AUGAAGGGACCGCUACAAGCUGUACGUAUUGGAGGCAAGAAAGCACCAAGAAGGAUGAUUCAAAAGAAAGAAGUUAAAGUAGACAAUUCAGCUAAAUUAGGACAAGCUUUAACUGGUUUAGGAUAUCGAACACAAGCAGUAUCUGAAGUAGAGAACUGCAGUUUUAUGGGUCAAGAAGGAACAGUUAUCAACUACUCUUCUCCUGAUGUUUCAGCCGUCUUCCAUAAGGAUGACAAACCAGUAGGAUACAUUAUUAGGGGCCGAGGUGAAGUUCUUAACAAAGGAGGACAACCUUCUUACGAUCUUGAGACUAUCACUCAAGUCUUAAGUCAGAAAGGAAUUAACAUUAAAGACUUAGUAAAACGAGUGGAGGAAGAUGGAGAUCGUAAAGCUCUGGAUGAGAUUGUUGAACUUAUCAAAGGAGUUAAGUUCUCUGGUCCAGAAGAAGAAGGUGAAGAAGUAGUUGAAGAGGAAGUAGUUGAAGAGGAAGUAGUUGAAGAGGAGCCAACUAAGGACGAGGAAUAA